GGUCUAAAUCGAGAGUGCACAGUGCGGUUUUUGGUAGAGAGAAAGGGUUCUUAUUUUGGGAUUAUGUUUUAUUCUUCGUGAUUCCUCUCACAAUUUUAUCACCCAUUUUCAUGUCUCUUCCUACCAAACGCUCUACUUGCUCCGCCGCUUCUGCCUCCGACGACUCUUCUUACUCUUCUCCUCCCAUGAAAAAGGCCAAAAACGACCUCCACCAUUCCCCGCAACACCCUAACGCCGCCGACAAGGUUGGCUUUCCCAUGGAGGAAGAUCCAACUCCCGCCGCCGCUAAUCUCUCUCGCAAGAAAGCCACACUGCCUCAACCUACUAAGAAGCUUGUAAUCAAGCUUAAUAAAGCCAAACCAACUCUACCAAAGAACUUUGAGGAGACUACAUGGGAACAGUUGCAGUCAGCUAUCAGAGCUAUAUUCCUCAAAAAACCAUUUUCUUUUCACUUCGAGAGCCUUUACCAGGCUGUUGAUGACCUUUGCAUGCAUAAGCUGGCAGGAAAGCUUUACCAACAGAUUGAGAAGGAGUGUGAAGAACACAUCUCUGCAGCUUUACAAUCUUUAGUUGGGCAGAACACUGAUCUCACUGUUUUCUUGUCACUUGUCGAGAAAUGCUGGCAAGACUUUUGUGACCAGAUGCUUAUGAUCCGUAGUAUAGCCUUGACUCUGGAUAGAAAAUAUGUGAUACAAAACUCAAAUGUACGUUCAUUGUGGGAGAUGGGUCUGCAGCUUUUCCGGAAGCAUCUAUCACUGGCCCCUGAAGUUGAGCAGAGGACUGUUAAAGGUCUCUUAAGUAUGAUUGAAAAAGAAAGGUUAGCAGAAGCUGUUAAUAGGACUCUACUUAGCCAUCUUUUGAAGAUGUUUACUGCACUGGGAAUAUAUAUGGAUAGCUUUGAGAAACCUUUCCUUGAAGGAACUUCUGAAUUCUAUGCAGCCGAAGGAAUGAAAUACAUGCAGCAGUCUGAUGUUCCGGAGUACCUGAAGCAUGUUGAGGGAAGGUUGCAUGAAGAGAAUGAAAGAUGCAUACUCUAUAUAGAUGCAGUAACCAGGAAACCAUUGAUAGCAGCUGUUGAAAGGCAACUUCUAGAGCGUCAUAUUCUUGUUGUUCUUGAUAAGGGUUUUACAACGUUAAUGGAUGGACGUCGUACUGAGGACCUUCAGAGGAUGCAAACCCUGUUUUCUAGGGUCAAUGCACUUGAGUCUCUGAGGCAGGCAAUAAGUGCAUAUGUUCGGAAAACUGGGCAGAAGAUUGUUAUGGAUGAAGAGAAAGAUAAAGAUAUGGUACAAUCACUAUUGGACUUCAAGGCUUCUCUUGACAUAAUAUGGGAAGAGAGCUUUAGCAAGAACGAAUCAUUUGGGAACACCAUCAAAGAUUCAUUUGAGCAUCUGAUUAAUCUUCGACAGAACCGGCCAGCUGAGCUUAUUGCCAAGUUUUUGGACGAGAAGCUCCGUGCUGGGAAUAAGGGUACUUCUGAAGAAGAAUUGGAGAGUACUCUUGAAAAAGUCUUGGUUUUGUUCCGAUUUAUCCAGGGUAAAGAUGUGUUUGAAGCAUUCUACAAAAAGGAUCUUGCGAAGAGACUCCUUUUGGGAAAAAGUGCUUCAAUUGAUGCGGAGAAAUCCAUGAUCUCUAAGCUUAAGACAGAGUGUGGUAGCCAGUUUACAAACAAGCUCGAAGGGAUGUUCAAGGAUAUUGAAUUGUCAAAGGAAAUCAACGAGUCAUUCAAACAAUCUUCCCAGGCCAGAACAAAACUGCCAUCGGGAAUUGAGAUGAGUGUCCACGUUUUAACAACAGGGUACUGGCCAACAUAUCCACCCAUGGAUGUUAAGCUUCCUCAUGAACUAAAUGUCUAUCAGGAUAUCUUCAAAGAGUUCUAUUUAAGCAAGUACAGUGGUAGAAGGUUAAUGUGGCAAAAUUCAUUAGGCCACUGUGUUUUAAAGGCAGAUUUCUCCAGAGGUAAAAAGGAGCUGGCUGUUUCCCUGUUUCAGGUCAGUAGAAUUUCCUCUUUUUCCUUGGUAGCCUCUUUCCUUGAACCAAUUCUUUCUUUUGUUUCCUGCGUGCAGGUAAAUGCAAUCCAGAUGAAAGAGACAGUAGAGGAGAACACAAGUACAACGGAAAGAGUAUUCCAGGACCGACAAUACCAGAUCGAUGCAGCCAUUGUUCGUAUUAUGAAGACAAGAAAAGUCUUGAGCCAUACUCUUCUAAUCACUGAGCUCUUCCAACAGCUCAAAUUCCCAAUAAAACCGGCUGAUCUAAAGAAGAGGAUUGAAAGCUUGAUCGAUCGAGAAUACUUAGAGAGGGAAAAGAGCAACCCCCAGAUAUACAAUUAUCUUGCUUAGAGUCUCUCUGGUAAACACCUUUUCAAUAUUUUCCUCUCUCUGUAUAUUUUAUUGACAAACAAAAACAAUGGCCGAAAUUUUCUUUUUAUUCAGUUUGAAAAAGAAAAAAAAAAAGAACUCGAGAUUCCAAUCAUUUCAUCUUGCCGCUUUGCUUGUA